UUGUCUCUCCUUCCCCUAGCCCGGUAGCCCCUAGGUGACCUGCAUCUCCUCCUUCCCUCUUUAGGCUCUAUUAACUUUCUAUUUCUAUUUCACUUGCGUUUUCACUGUGGCAUUCAAAACCCAAGUUGUACUCCUACAUACGCCUAUCACCAAAUAACUCUUCUCAUUCGUCCACUUCUUUUCUUAUAAAAUAUUUGUUCAUUAUUCAGAAUCUCCACGAUCAGCUUCCUCCUCUUUUUCUUCAAGAACUUCCCCUUCAUGCUUUACUGGACUGGACUGAUAAGUUUUUCGAUUUUAGUACUCUCCUGCAGAUACUUCAGCUCAAGAAUUCAUUUUAAUGGUGUCUUCAGAGAUCGUUGAAGUUGAAAUUACCUGCAAUUAAGAGUUGUACCCUGUUCUUCUACACAAUUACCCCAAAACAAAAGAUCAACCAUGUCGAACACCUGGUAUUACCCAUCAAUGCAAGAAUACGAUGUUUAUAAACCCCAAUUUCAGACUUUAGAUAACAUCAACCAUGGAAGAAGCAAUCUGUUCAUCAAACCCGACCCAUAUUCCACCCUGGAAUCCUCCUCCGCAGAUAACAGUUGCACCACCAUGUACAACUCCUUUUCUCCGGUGACUGAAGACCUGGUCAACUUUAAGCAUAAAUUGAAGCAAUUGGAGACUGUGAUGUUUUCAGAUCUGUAUGAAGAUUUGGUUGGAAAUGGUGGAAUCGAGCUUCAAGACAUGGAAAUCUGGAAAGAAAUGGUGGAGGGUGUUCCAAAACGUGACCUGAAACAAGUUCUAAUCGCGUGUGCAGAUGCAAUUUCAAACAACGAUUUCUCAACCGCCGGAAUUUUAAUAUCGGAGCUCCGGGAGAUGGUGUCAGUCGCCGGAGAACCAAUCCAACGCCUCGGAGCUUACAUGCUAGAAGGCCUCGUGGCUCGCCUCUCAGCUCAAAAAACUUCAUUAUGCAAUGACCUUGGGAGUGGGACCCACAACCUUUUAUCAUACACAAACAUGUUACAUGAAAUCUGCCCGUAUUUCAAAUUCGGUUACAUGUCAGCAAAUGGUGCGAUUGCCGAGGCAAUGAAGAACGAAAAAAAGGUCCACAUUGUUGACUUUCAAAUCGGUCAAGGAAGUCAAUGGAUCCCGCUAAUCCAAGCGUUUGCUGCCCGCCGGGGCGGGCCGCCCCGGAUCCGUAUAACCGCCUUCACCGACUCCAUGUCGGUCAAUGUCGGUCAACGACUGUGUAAGCUCGCGAGAUCUUUCAAUGUCCCAUUCGAGUUCAAUUCCAUUUCCAUUUCCGUUUCCAAAGCCGGAGUUGACCAAUUCCGACUCCGGCCUGGGGAGGCUUUGGCGGUCAACUUCGCGUUUGUGUUGCAUCACAUGGCGGAUGAAAGUGUGAGUACCGAAAAUCACCGGGACCGGAUUUUACGGGUGGUGAAGAGUUUGAAACCGAAAGUUGUAACCCUAAUUGAGCAGGAAUCGAACACGAACACUUCCCCGUUUUACCCUCGUUUUCUUGAGGCUCUUGAUUACUAUAACGCGAUGUUUGAAUCGAUGGAUGAGAGUCUUCCAAGAGGGCAUAAGGAGAGGAUAAAUGUGGAACAAUAUUGUUUAGCAAAAGAUGUGGUGAAUAUAAUUGCAUGUGAAGGGAAUGAGAGGGUGGAAAGGCAUGAACUACUUGGGAAAUGGAAGUUGAGAUUUAGGAUGGCCGGGUUUAACCCGUACCCGUUGAGUUCUUUGGUUAAUGGAACAAUUAAGACUUUGUUAAAGAAGUAUAGUGAUAGGUAUAGGCUUGAAGAAAGGGAUGGCGCUUUGUAUCUUGGGUGGAUGGAUAGAGAUUUGGUUGCUUCUUGCGCUUGGAAAUGAACAAGAUUUGUCUAAUUGUAACCAUCUUUCUAUAAAUAGAAGUGAUCAUUUCUUUAUCUACAUUUUGAAUUUGAUCUGCUUAAAUCUGAAAAUAGGGUUCAAAUCUUUGUCUUUCAUUUGCA